AUGCACGCUGUCUCGCGCCCGUCUCGCGCCCGUCUCGCCUGCUGGCCCGCUUCGGCUGCCCGACUCCUGUACCUGGACGGGCACCUGUACCGUAGCGUAGCUUGCUCAGCUCGCUCCGCCCGUUCUUGGGCUUGGGUUUGGGUUUGGGUUUAUGGAAAAGAACAGAAAAGGGAAAAAGCCCGGGCAGAUGAGCGGUUGCGUCAGUCCCCUUGGCUCGUCCUCGGGAUCCGUAACAAUAAGUUGCCGUGCUCGUCGGUCGGUGGACAACGGCUCAACUCCUUUCAGCCUCUUUUGCCCUCCUCCUCCUCCUCCUCCUCCUCGUCUUGGUCCACGCCCAAUCCCACCUCUGGACGCUCGGCCUGGCUUUGCCUUCAACCCAAGCCCCUCUCCAACUCUCUCUCUGGCUCGUUCAAGACACGCUUCUCCCCCUACCUCGUCCCGCCUCCUCCUCCUCCUUCUCCUCUCUCCCUCUCUCCCCCUCCGUUCCGUCACGGCUCCUCCAUCACGACGCCGCACGCUUCGCCUCUUGUCUCCACCACCAUCACAUUGAUCACCUUCUUCUAUAUCACCUCAUCACCUCGGUCAAGACUACUGUACUACAUCCCAUUCCACGCCCACCUUCACCGCGCCUCCGCCUCUGCAAAGCCGCGCUCAUUCCAGCCGUCUCCACUCUCCAUCGCUUCUCUCUCUCUCUUUCGGCUUUCGGUUUUGGACAUCGAGUCUCUUCUACCCUUCAUUCCCGCUCGGUCCGUCCGUGCUUCAAACGCUUACAACCGUCGCGGCGCCACACUGCCCGCUCGGCUCAACUCGUCGCACCAUCCGUGGUACCACUCGUCGCAUCCACGCGCCUCAAUCAUCCUCGACGCCAACACGACCGAGCCGCCUCCGUGCCACCCCUUGGCGUUGCGCUACACCGUUGCAACCGAGCCCAGCUCAUCUGCCCUCCCUUUCCAUCUCAUUGUCCUGCCUGGACCCGCCGGCUACCCUGUCCGGAUCCGAAUCCCCUGUACCACCACAACCACAACCACCACAACCACCUCGCAAACGCUCGGCCUUCGGCCUCGAAUUAGCAUUCUUUCGACCGCCUUCAUCUCGCGCACGGCAUCUGCCGGCCAACGCCCACCGCAGCCGGAUCCUUUCGCCUUCCGCCCGUCCCAACCCUCUUCCGCACGCGCACCUUCGUCUGCAAGCAAGCAAAACCUCGCACCCGUUUUCAUCCUUCCCCACCAUAGGCUCCCAUUGUUGUCGCUUGUGCUUCCUUCCGCGGGCCUUUCCAAAGCGUCACAGCAUUCCGCCGCCAAAGCCACACGCCUCGGGCCUCCUGCUUCUACUAUCCCCUGCGCUUGGUCCACCCACAACCCGCCCUUCAUGCUCAGUACACCCUCCCUCGCUCCUUUCCGCGUCGGCCCUCCCAUCCCGACCACAUCAAUUCGCGUGGCUGCUAUGAUGAGCACAGAACGUCGUGCCAGCGCACUUGCUCCCUCCCUCAACGCCGCCUCGCCAAGAGCUUCCAACGACGCUGCCGUUCCGCGCGACAUGCAGCGCAACGCGCCCGACGCUUCCUCGUCCGCCAAGUCCCCCAACAGCCCCGAUCGCAAGCGCCCCAGAUAUGAGCCUGCGCUCAGCCGGCCCGCCCAAGACGACAUGCGCUCGCGCACCAUCGACGACGAAGACGAGAUGGACGAGCUCGACGAGUCCAACGAGAUCAAGCGCGUCCGCGGCGAGUCCGACGACGCCAUCCACGAUCGCAAGCCAUCUGGCACAGACAUCGCCAGCAGGCCUUCGUCGGCAGCCGCACACCAUGCCCACUGGACCAACAGAUCCGCCUCGGCCGCAGUAGAGUCGCGCUACCAGUCCCAACAUCAGCAGCAUCCACAGCCCCGUCAUCGCGACCCGCCCUCCGACUCACGCCGCUACGACUAUGAUCGCCCCAUGCCCUCCAGAUACGACGGCCCAGCCGCAUCCAGGGACGACACUCGCCAUGCUGGCGGACUUCCAGGCGAACGAUACGCGGGCGAGCACGACCGCGACCCACGCGACCGCAUGCCGUUCGAUGCCAAGCAAGAGCAUGGCAGCGCUGCACUGCGCAUGCCGCCUCCCAACUCGGGCGAGCCCGGUAUGGGCUACCGUAAUCGCGCCGUCUCGCCGCCGCCGAGGUUGCCAGGCUUCGCCUCGCUCGAGCCUGACAUGCCCGCACACCGAUCGCGCGACGAGGCAUCGCUCGCAGCGCCCUAUUCGGGCUCGCCCCGCCGCAGCAUGCCCUUCCAUCCGCCGUCGUACGCCAGCUAUCCGCCGCCGCCGCACAGCCGCACGCCGCUCAUGCACCACCCGAGCCCCACUCCGUCCACAUCCUACGGCAACCCACCCAUGAUCCACCCGUCGCUCGCCGGUCUUCCGGGCGCAGGCGGUGGUCCCGGCGGCAAGCAGCAGCCGAGCUUCGUGAGCAAGCUCUACUCGAUGCUCGAGGAUGCCUCCAUCUCGGACCUUAUCAGCUGGGGCGCCUCGGGCACCGUAUUCAGCGUCGCCAAUCCAGCCGAGUUCUCUAGGCUCGUGCUGCCCAACUGGUUCAAGCAUUCCAACUGGCAGUCGUUUGUGCGCCAGCUCAACAUGUACGGCUUCCACAAGGUCAACCACUCGUACCAGGGCAACCCCACCGACGAGCUCAACAUGUACGGCUUCCACAAGGUCAACCACUCGUACCAGGGCAACCCCACCGACGAGGUCCAAGUGUGGGAGUUCAGGCAUCCCUCCUUCCGCCGUGGCGAGAUCGCGCUGCUCAACGACAUCAAGCGCAAGAGCUCCAGGCAGAAGCGAGCCGGAUCGCCGCGCGGCAGCAUCGGCGGCGCCGAUCUGCGCGCAGACCGCAGCGGCGGCAGCUCGACGCCGUCGCCCGAGGUGCCGCUGGCCACGAUCCCGGGCGGACCGGAUGGCAUGCGCGGCAUGGGUCCCGGUGCGGCAGCGGUAGGCAUGCCCAUGGGGCCAGGUGGCCACCGCGCCGGCCGCGACUUUGCGUAUGGCGACGAGAGGAUGGAUCCGCACUAUGCUGAUCGUCGUCCCGACGUGCGUGGUGGAUACGGUCCCGAGCGCGGCUAUCUUGCUGGGCCUGCGGACGAGUAUGGCUACAUGCGCCCCAAGAUGGACGGUCCUCCCGGCGGCAUGCCGAAUCCAGCCGGCCAUCCUGCGGGCGCAGGUAUGGGUCCCGGCUUUGCUGGCGACUCUGCGCGCCGCGGCGAGCCGUAUGUGGAGCGUGCCGAGGCCAUGGCGCGCUUUGAAGACCUUUCGGAACGUACGGACGCCAUCAUUCGACACGCAUCGUUCCUCGAAUCCCAAAUCCGCAUCCUCUCGGACCAGCUGGCCGACUCGAGAGCGUACACGGUCCAAGUCGUGCGCGACGAGAUGGUCCAGAUGCUCGACCGACUCGAGCGCGCGCUCACCGCUCCCGCACAGCCGGGCACCGAUCCCACUGCAAGGAUGCUCGACGCAGUCCGAGCGCAGCUGGCCUUCUACAUGCGCGGGCCCAGUGGGCCUGCCGACCGAGGCGCCAAGCAGGUGCAGCCACCAGCAGCUCCCAAGCGUCCGAGCGUCUGA